CACAACACCAAAUAAACGACAUUUUACGAAAAUCAAUCAAAAGUAGAUAAAACAUUGUCAUUGUGGUCUGGGAAAUGUCGUCUAAGAUGCUCUGUUGUCUCUCACCUCUUUAGCUUGCUCAGCCCGCGAAGGAGACACCAUUUCCCUCUCUCUUUGGUUUUCCACCAAGCCGUUGUCAAAGUUCAGACCAGCAAAAAAGAACCAAAGGUCCUUAGUUUUUGUCUCUCCCUCAGUCAAGUUCGAGCCCACCGUCUAAGUGGUGAUUUGGGUUUCUUCCUCUGUCACUUUCCAAGUACCCAUUUGGGUAUCAUCUUGCCUCUUGCCUUAUAGGAUCAACCAGUGCUCAUUUUUGCGGCUCGGAAGAUUAAGAAAUGGGUUCACCCAAACCAAAAGAGGUGUCUACUUCAAGGGAGACUGAGGACACUGUUACUACCUCUAGUGGGGUAAAGAGGAAACGCGGGAUAACAAAUAUGCGUCGCAUAGCAAGUACUGGUAAGAAAUUAAUUGUACAGUAUAACUCAAAGGGCAAACCAUAUGGGAAAGUAGCAUCAGAGUUGGCUUCUUACAUUGGGGUGGUGACACGUCGUACGGUCCCCAUUAGUGUUGAAGGCUGGCCUAAGGUGGAGAAGGAUCUGAAAAAUAAAAUUUGGGAAGCUAUAGAUAUGGUAUUUGUCUUAGCCUCUAAAAGCAGAAAAACGGUGUUGUCUGCUGCUUCCAAUAGGUGGAGGCAAUUCAAGUGUGACUUAACCACAAAAUAUAUUAUGCCAUUUAAAGAUGAUGCUGAAGCCCUGAAAAACCCUCCAAAAGAAUAUGAUUUUAUUAAGCAAGAACAUUGGGAACAAUUUGUAAAUGGCCGCUUAACCAAGGAGUUUCAGAAACUCCAUAAGGAACAGAAAGAGAGAAGGGCAAAGUUGAAAUAUAUUCAUAGAAUGUCACGAAAAGGAUAUGCGAAUUUGGAGGCAGAAUUAAAAAAGACUAUGCCUGAAGGUGAACUUGAUGGGCAUCUACUCUGGAAGAAAGCACGCGAGGAUAGAAAAGAGAAUAUCUCUGAUGUGACCAUAGGAGAGCAGGCUACGAAGAUUAACAGACAGCAUUCUGAGCGGUCUGAACCUGCAGAACAUUCUGAAGAUUCCGAAGAAUCCAGACAUUCCAAUCAUUCUGAAAGUUCUGAGCAUUCUGAACAUGCAGAACAUUCUGAACGCCCUGAGCAUUCUGAACAUGCAGAACAUUCUGAAGAUGCAGAACCUUUUGAACAAGCAGAACAGUCUGAACAUCCAGAACAUCCGGAACAUUCCGAACAUCAAGAACAUUCGUACAAUUUUGACGCCAAUCCCUCCUCUAAGAAUAAUGGUGUCCUGACAAUGGCAUUGGAAACUCCUGAACAGUCUGGUAGGGUUAGAGAGGUGGGAGGCUUUGUCAGGCCAGGAGACCGACAGGCUCGGUUGGAGAAGGAAGAUCUGCUGGAUGAGGUCAAGAAGAUGAUUGAGCAGCAGGGGGCUUACUUUAAAGCCAAGAUUGCUGAGUUAGAGGCAAAGAUCGAUGGUGGGGCCGCUGCUAUCACACUUCCUACUCUAGCCCCCAAUCCUUCUGGGAAGGCUGGCUGUUCUGGGAAGGAAAACAAUGUCUUAGAAGAUAAUGAAAUUGAUUUUGAGGAAUUGGCAGUUGUGGGUAAAAGAGAUGCCAUAAAGAAAUGUGGAAACACUGCAGAAAAACCUCGAGAGUUACCCAAACAAGACGUGAGCCUGCCCAAGUCCCUCAAGCUGCUAUAUCGUUAUGCAGAGCGCGCCAUGCUGGAUGGCGAGACUGUCAGUGUUGAUAUAGAGAAAGCAGUAUUUGGUGUUUCCAAAACUGUAUCCAUUUCCCAAGAAGACAUAAUGCAGUUUAUGGAAAUGAAGGAAAUCUCGGCCACAUGCAUGAUUGUUUACAUGAGGCACUUAUAUAAUAAGUUAAAGGAAUCAAACAUGGUCAAUAUGGUUGGUUUGACUGACCCUUCAAGCAUUUCGGUUGGGGUAGGUGAUUCGGACCACAAAUCAAGAAUGCUAGCAGCCCGGUUACAAAAUCUGCCUUCUGAUCAAGUUCUUUUGGUACCUUACAAUUCCGGCUAUCAUUGGAUGUUGACUAUCAUUAGUGAAAGCAAUGACGUAUGCUACUUCUUGGACCCUCUUCAGCGCUAUUUCAUGGACUCUCUUCGACGGAGCAUGCACGAGGAAGAAUGGAAAUAUGUUGUAAACAAUGGUAUUAGACAGUUCAACGCUCAAACGGGUCGGGUAGUCCAAAAGCCACCCAUAUGGAAAGUACUAACGGGUCCUAAACAACCAUCAAAUAUGGAGUGCGGGUAUUAUAUCAUGAGAUACAUGAAAGAAAUCAUAGAAGAUGAAAACCUUUCAUUCGCAGCAAAGGGGGAUAUGAACAUCGUCAAGCAACUGCUAAGGGUAUUUACAAAAACAAACAUGUUUGUCGUAUUGAAGCGGUAGCUGCGAAUUGUUAGCAUUUUGCAGGGGCAAUCUUUACCUUAUCUACAUACAAGAAAGAAAAAGGAAGAAUUGUAUAAGCUAAAUAGAUUGUGGUGUGCAAAUGUGUAAUUUGCGGUAUAAUUGAACAUGGUGCGAUUAUAUAUAAGCUAUGUAAAUAUCCUUAAGUUGGAAAGCAAAUCCCCUCCCCCUAGCCAUAUUGUGCAUCCUUAUUUUUCUUUAGCAUGGUAAUUUUCCGAUGGAUUAUGUUUUAGACAGCUCGGUAAUAAGGAUUGCCUGAUGCGGAAUCAACUGUAAUGUUAAGAGGCUGCUGUCACCAAAUUCAUUUAGAAGCACACAGCUACUGCAUUCUUUAGUCACGUUGGACAUUAAAAUGUUCUAUGUUUUUGCACUCGUUAA